AUGGCCACACUCCUGCAAUCCAGGCCCCAUUCGGCCCAAUCCGUAGUUCUGGAACCCCCGCCAGCAGCAUCGCCCUCGGCAGAGAUCUUGCUCCAUCAUGCUGCCCAAAACCACAUCCGUGUGCUCAUUGUCUUCUUGAACUCCUCCCCUGCGUCACUAACCCCCCAGGCCAACAUCGCCUUAGCCUCUUCUCUUGCGUUUCUAGGCAGAUCUAACGGAGCAGUGCACCAUCUUGUCCAGUUGGCAGAUUCCACCCCCCUGGUUCUGGACCGCAAGCUCUACUUGUAUGCCUUGUACCGGUGCCUUGAGGAAAACGGCCAAAGAAACCCGGCGUUUGCCCACGAGGUCGAAAUGGGCAUCUUGCAGCACGACGCUCUAGUCUUUGUGCCCCGCCUAGACGGCUUCCUAUUUGGGCCGUCCAGGGCCCUUUCUUUGCAUCAACAGGUGGUACAGUACGAGGAGGCUGGCGGCAUGAUAGCGCCUACCAGUUUUGCAGCCGCUGUGAAACGAGAUUGGGUCAACGGGACGUAUUUGAAAUUUUUAGGCACCGAUCCCAGCUCGAUCCUCGAGGCUAUCGACGAGUUUGGACCCUGGCACGAGGUGCUGCUGGCGCUUUCAGUCCAGUUCUCUAAAAACAAGUCCCUCAUGGACAAGUUGGUCCAAGGGUCCAGCAACGAGCUGCCAAGAGGCCAGGGGCUUUUGGAGUUAGCCAGAAUGGCCUCGUUUCGGACGGCAACGGCAAUAUCCAGUUUUCUUCAGGGGGACUAUGUCGCUGCCUUUGACUGGACAAGUCGGUAUUUUGCAGUCGCCGACGAGGCCCGCCGCUUCAUCUUUCCAGACGGCAUCAGGGCUUUGACAACCAGGGAUAUCCUCACAAUGGCCAUGCUUAUCACCAACUGUCUCGAGAGAGGCGUGGUGCUGGAUAUCUCUACAGUAGAGCGCAUCUAUACUAGACUCGCAAACCCAGAAGCAGAGCUCCACGAUGACGAGACCGAAACAUGGAGAAUGAGAAGACCAGGGUCGAGAGAAAGUGCUGCGAGUGACUUUUUCCAGUGCUCCUUGGCCUGGUCAGAGAGGCAAUUAGGCGAGGAGAACCUGCUCUUGAACAAAGAGGUCAUGAACCAGUCCUUGUUGCAACCCAUGAGGAAGUCCCAGUACUUUCUGUGCUGUGGCCACCUUCGCAGACAUAUGGCGGCUUUUGGGGCUUCAGAAAGAAAAAUCACCCUUCUCUCUGGUGAAUCGAUCAAGGUUAGGGCGUACAGCGCCAGAGACUGCUCUUUGGCUGCAAGGCUGUAUAUCAUAGCAGCGGCAUGCCAUCCGAUGGAUGAUCCACAAUUGUACCGUUUCGUGCAAUCCAGAGCCACUAUGCUGCAUCAGGACAACACGGAAGGAACGAGCCUCAAGAGACCGCAGACGGUAGUGGACCUUCAGGCAUUAAAUUUGGAAUCGAGGGGGAAUAUGGCCAACGGCUCAGAUAUUAAAUUUUCCGGCUCAGACCUUUCGGACUGGCCUCAUUUCGAGAACCAGAUGGAAGCGCUUUACCAAAUGCAGAUGUUUGUCGAGAGCAUUCACGAAGCAGUCGAGGAUAACCCCGAUGGGCUAAACUUUGACCAAUCUGACGUUACGUUUUUAAGCCCCCUGGUAUUGGAGCAUCAGAUUGAUGGUGAGCACCCUGUCCUUUACUUGGCUGGCGAAUACUUACCAAACAGAGCAGAUUUCAACCAGGAAGGCGGUAUUUUCGUUACUCCCGAAUUAAAGUCACAAAUCAAGCUUCUGCAGUCUGCCGUUGAAGAGCAAUUUGCUUUGAGCAAAGAGCUCGUUAAUGCUUGGGCAGCAGCGUAUACUCAGAUCAACGGAAGUACCCCAGAUUGGACAGCAGAUUCAGAUUCUGACGAAGACAUCGACAACUUCGAUAUCUUCAGGGAUUUGGACAUCGAUUUAAUGGAUGUCUUUACCCGAUCGCAGAGGGCGGAGCUCCGCAGGAUGGCUAGAUUGCACAAUCUUAGAACCACGGCCGAUUUCGUCCGAAUGUUCCAACAACAACGAAAUGAGCGAAUAUUCAAACUCUAUUGGCUCUUUGGGUUCUUCCCUCUACCUAAAGUCAACUACGGACUUCUAUGGAGACGUCAUAGACCUGCCGACAUAGUGAGAUCGAGUAUGAGAUUGGUCAUAGCCAUAGCAGCAGGGGCUGUAAGGCUAAGCAGGCUUUUUGUGUAUGGUCUUGCGGUAUUUCAAUGGCUCCGGGACAUUUUACAGUGGGUGUUCAUAUAUGGCUCGAUGGUGACAUUCUCGACCAACUUUUUUGUCGAUAUCGAAACUUACAUCUUUAGAGAAAGCGCAGAUGUUCUACAUCCGCGCGGCAGUACUUCAGACUGGCUCAAAAACCUACAACUGGCUAACGGGAACGUGCUAGAUUGGAGCUUGUGGACCAAGAUCCUUUACGACAUGGUCUCCAGCACAGUGAGAUUACAAUGCGUCAAGGAUCAAGACGGGGACCUGGAGUUCUGCUACAUCGAUAAAAACUCCUUAAUUUUUAGAUUCAGUGAUGUCAUAGCUCUCCAUUUCCCAAUUUUUGAGAGCUUGCCAUCCCCAGUUUUGACAUUUUUGGUCGUGCUUUUGUACCUCACAUACGGUUUUGCGGGACAAAUGAUUUCGUUUAAUGUUCUCUUCUACUUCAUCAUGCAAAUUAUAUUCAGAUUCGAAAGUGUGUCCAAAAUUAUAUUCGGAGUGGGCAAAAUACUAUGGCACAACGGUGGUGAGUUGAUCGUUUGA